UUAUGUUAUCAUCACACACCGCACAAGUCGACUUUGGAGAGAGAGAAAAAGAAGGGCCAACGACCACAUACACACCAAAACACCAUGAGCCCUUCCAAGCAGCGACAUCGCAGCUCCACCGGCGAUAACAAGUCAAAAUCAGUCAGAUCCGGCUCCUCCGCCGUACCGGAAUGGAUUGCCGAAGCAACUAACGGCGGAUCUCUUCGCCGCGUAAAUCCAGACACAGGUACCGACGGCUGGGCUUCUCCUCCCGGCGACGUCUUCUCUCUCCGCUCCAAUUCUUACUUGACCAAAAAACAGAAAUCUCCCGCCGGAGACUACCUCCUCUCUCCCGCCGGCAUGGACUGGCUCAAAUCAAGUGCAAAACUUGACAACGUGCUAGCUCGUCCCGAUAACCGCGUGGCUCACGCGCUUAGAAAGGCUCAUUCCCGAGGUCAAUCUCUGAAGAGCUUCAUCUUCGCCGUGAAUCUCCAGAUUCCAGGUAAGGACCACCACAGCGCCGUGUUCUACUUCGCGACGGAGGAACCGAUUCCUUCCGGCUCGCUUCUCCACCGGUUUAUUAACGGCGACGACUCGUUCCGGAAUCAGAGAUUCAAAAUCGUUAAUCGGAUCGUGAAAGGGCCCUGGGUAGUGAAAGCCGCGGUUGGGAACUAUAGCGCUUGCCUUCUAGGAAAGGCCCUGACGUGCAAUUACCAUAGAGGUCCUAAUUACUUUGAGAUCGAUGUCGAUAUAAGCAGCUCGGCCAUCGCAACGGCGAUUCUGCGGCUGGCGUUAGGGUAUGUCACGAGUGUGACGAUCGAUAUGGGGUUCUUAGCGGAGGCGCAGACGGAGGAAGAGCUGCCGGAGAGAUUAAUCGGAGCUGUUAGGGUGUGUCAAAUGGAGAUGUCUUCGGCGUUUGUGGUCGACGCGCCACCGCCCCAGCAACCGCCAUCACAACCGUGUAGAACAUUGAGUUCGGCGAAAGUUAACCACGAUGAGGACGAGGAUUGAGAUUAAAAUUGAGCACAUACUAUCAUCAAAACCAGGUCAAUGGUUAUCCGAAUACCAUUUCUCUCCUCUCUCUCUCAAAUGAUCUGGAUCAUUUUUCAUCAAUCUCAGUCAAAUCUAUAUUGCUUAAUUUAUUUUAUGGAUUUUGUAAAUGAUUAUUUUUUCUCAUCGAGAAUUUUCAUGAUCUGUUAAUGGAAUUAAAUCGAAAUUCGG